GACAACGUCAUACGAUAUAACAUAAACGUCACCCAAUAUAUUAUUGAUGUAAACGUCACAUACUAUAUUAUUAUUACAUUUCCGAACUUGUUGCAAAAUUCAUAAAGUUUACAUAUAAUAAUUAACUAUAAACUAAAUUAGUUUUUGAAAAGCUUUAAUUUUAUUUUAUUUUGUGAGAUUUUAGAACAAACAAAGCAUAAAAACGACAUUUUUCACUCUCUCGGGCAUCCGUCCAAAGACACACUAGCACAUUAGUAAGUUUAAAAUGAAAUUAUUUAAAUGGAAAAAUGAAAAAUAUUGCAGAUAUAUUUUUUACCAGUGUUGAGUCUUCUCAACACUAAAUCACAUUUUUUAUUCAAAACCAAUAUUAAGUUGAUUGUGUAUGAAGGUUUCUUUGACUCAAAUGUCGAAUUCAUUAGAAUUGACAACCUGACUGUCGUUGGAUCUUUGGAAGCCACCAAUAACCUAUCUCAAAGAUUUACUUCCAAUUUGCGGAUCUUCAAUGUAAGCUUACCUGAACUAGAAGAUUUUUCUGUUAUCAUCGUGACAUACCUAACGUCUGUAUUGAAAAAUAUUUCAAAUUCGUUUCCAAAAGCAAAAAUCGUCAAAUUAGCAGCGUUGGUAAUUUCUAUUUAUGAUAAAGUAAAAAACUCUUUUAGUGGUUUUCAAAACAAGCAUUACAUAUUUACUCCACAUGAUGUAAUUAACUGGUGUCAAGGAAUGCUCAAUUAUAGGAAUAGUGCUAAUAUAGCUACAGAAGAUUUUGUGAUUGAGAUCCUUAAAUAUGAAGCUAAAGAUAUAUUUGUGAAUAAAUUAGUAAAUGAAGAGGACAGAAAUUUGUUUAACAAAAUACUUAACGACACCUUCAAUUCAACGUGGGGUUCAUCGUCUUCCAGUACGCAAACAAACUAUUUUUAUGUACCAGUGGACAAUCAAACACAAAGUUUAAAACAACCAGAAUUAACUAAACUAACUGUCGAAGAUUGGAAGCAAAUGGUUGAAAGUGGAAUACAACAAUAUGAACGAGACGGUCAAAUUUUGGACUUAGUUGUAAACGAUGAACUUCUGCAGUUAACCGCAAGCAUUUUUAAAACACUAAGCCGUUUCAAAGGAAACAUACUUCUUGUUGGUAAAUCCGGAGUCGGCAGAAAGAGCGCUGUUAAAAUUUCAGCGACUUUACAAUCCGCAAAGCUCAUGGUACCCACUUGCGAACAACAACCUUUGCUGAAUAAUGACCUAAAACAGGCUAUGCAAUACUCUGGUCUCGAUGGCGAAGAAACAUACCUGCUAAUAGAAGACUAUAUUCUAAACGAACAGAACAACAUAAACCUCUUCAAUUUUCUGAUAUAUUCCGGAGAGGUUCCUGGUCUCUACACACCAACUGAAUUAGAAUCGCUAGUUAAAGGUUUAAAAGAAGAUUCAGAUAGAGACAAUUUUGAUGGAAAUUUAACUCAGUAUUACGCUGAAAGAAUAAAAAAGAAUCUACAUAUUGUUAUAUGUCUAGACAUUGACAAUGUAAACUUAUGGAACAUUAUUCAAAGCUGUCCGGCAUUUACACAAAACUGUAGUAUAAUCUGGCAGUCAGAUUGGAGUAGGCAUACUAUUGAAACAGUACCAAAUAAUUUGCUAAGCAGGAACAUAUCAAUUGAUGAAGUAUGUCUUAAUAUUCCUAGUCAAAGUUUUUCAUUUUUUUACAAUGCUACCCAAUCUUUAAUCAACACGCCAUCCAGAUAUAUUUCCUUUAUUAAAUUGUAUGGAAAACUAUUCACAGAGAAAAUCGACGGCAUUAAAUCUAAACAAAAAAAACUCAAGGCUGGUGUGUCCAAACUUACUGAAGCUGAGAGUUUGGUGAAAGAAUUAAAACAAGAUGCGAUUGAAAAGCAAGAAAAACUAGCCGAAAAACAAUCCAAAGCUAAUUCAGCCCUAGACAUGAUAAGCAACACCAUGAAAAAUGCCAAUGUUCACAAAGAGGAAAUGGAAGUUUUAAAAGGCAAAACUGAAGAGGAAAAUGUUCAAUUGGAGCGAAGAAAAAAGGAUAUAGAAGCAGAACUUGCUGAGGUUGAACCUUUAAUGGAAGAAGCUAGAUCAGCUGUAGGAAAUAUUAAAUCUGAGUCUUUAUCAGAAAUAAGAUCACUGCGAGCUCCUCCAGAAAUAAUAAGGGAUAUUUUGGAAGGGGUCCUAAGGUUAAUGGGAACCCAGGAUACUUCUUGGAACAGUAUGAAGUCAUUUUUAUCAAAAAGGGGUGUAAAAGAGGAUAUCAGGGCUUUUAACGCUAACAGAAUAAGUAAAGAAAACAGACAGGCCGUAGAAAAAUUAAUGUCUACAAAAAGUGAUUCUUUUGACCCAAAAUCUGCCAAACGGGCGUCUCAAGCCGCUGCUCCUCUAGCAGCAUGGGUAGCUGCUAAUGUUAAAUACUCUUACGUUUUGGAUAAAAUUAAACCUCUUGAGAAGGAACAAAUGAAAUUAAAAGAAAAUUUAUCAAAUUCACAACACCAACUUGGAGAACUCAGUGCAGGUUUGUUGGACGUAGACGCAACUGUUACCAAGCUAAAGGAACAAUUAUCAGUAUACACCAAAGAAGCAGCUGAAAUUGAAAUCGAUUUAACCAAAGCUCAAAGUACACUAUCUGCAGCAGAAGGACUUGUUGGUAAACUGGGAGACGAAUAUCAUAGGUGGCAAACUCAGUUGAAGGAGCUUUCUCAAGAAAUUGAUAAAUUACCAAAUAACUGUUUGCUAAUGGCUGCUUAUAUUACUUACAUGUCAAGCGAAACCGAAGAAGAAAGAAGUAAUUUUUUAUCACACUGUGCCAAGGAGUUAAAUAUUGACAUAGUUGACGCUGGUUCAUUCUUCUCAACUGAAAGGGAACGUAUGCAAUGGCAAAGUGAAGGUCUUUCAUCGGAUAAGUUAUCAACAGAAAAUGCUGUUAUGAUGCUGAAGGCUGAUCUGGUACCUUUGUUGAUUGAUCCUACAUCGUCGGCUAUAAACUGGUUAAAGCAGCAUCUAAGACAUAAAAACGUAGAAAGUAUUACACAAAAUUCUCCUAAAUUUAAGGGGGCACUUGAAUUAGCUGUUAGGUUCGGAAAAACUUUUAUCAUUGAAGAAAUUGACACAAUAUCUUCAGUGCUGUUACAAAUAUUAAGAAGGGAAUUUACGUUACAAGGUGAAAGACGUCUUAUCAAAUUGAAUGGCAAGCUUUUAGAUUACCACAGCGACUUUAAAUUAAUAUUAUGUAGCCGAAACGAGCAUUUGAAAUUACCCGCUGAAAUAAUACCUUUUAUUAAUUUGCUAAAUUUCACCGUUACCCUUGCAGGUUUUACAGAACAACUUUUGUCACAUGCAAUUUCUCAGGAAAAUCCAGAACUAGAAAAAAAGAAAAACAAUUUACUUAAAGAAAAAGAGGAACUGGAAGAAAAACUGAAUCAUUUACAAAAUCAGCUUCUUGAAGAUUUAGCUAAUUCGUCAGGUGAUAUACUUCAAAACAAGAAACUUCUUGAUUCCCUUAAUCAAACCAAAGCAAGUUCAGAAGCGAUAGCAGUAGCGUUACUAGAAUCAAAUGAAGUUCAAAAGAAGCUUCAGGCUGAGUAUGAUACAUACAGGGAGUUAUCGAAUUAUGGCAGUUUACUAUAUUUUGCAUGUAACGAAUUUGCAAAAUGUAAUAUUUUGUAUCUUUUGUCAGUUUCAGCAUUUACAGAUCUAUUUCUAAGAUCUUUACAAAGUUUUCAGGGAUUAGAAAAUAAUUUAUCAUCGCAAAAGAAACAACUACUGCAUGUUGUAUAUGGAUAUAUGAGUCGAGGAGUGUUUCAAAAUGACCGUUUAAAAUUUUUAUUGUAUUUAACUUUUAAACUAUAUCCCAGAGACGUGCCUGAAACAGAAUGGAACAUCUUUUUAGGUAAUGCUAUGACAAACAAAAAUACUUCCGAAGAUCAACCUCCUUGGAUACCAAACCAAUGUUUAAAUAACAUUCAACUGAUACAGGUGGCUUUACCUGAUUUCUACAAGAUAUUGAAACUUGAAGAACACAACCUUUGGAAAAAUUUUAUGAACGUUAGCGAAUGCGAGAGGGAAUACCCAACUCAUUGCAGUUUGUCCGAAUUUCAAAAAGUACUUAUUAUACAAGCUUUAAGACCGGAUAGAUUAUAUACUGUUAUGUCCCAAUGUACCCUUAGUAUAACAGGAAUAAAAUCGUUGGAUCCAUCCUCCCUGGAUCUGUCCAUUAUAUAUAAAGAAUCUAAUCCCACUGUUCCUAUAUUAGUCUUGGCGGUGUCUGGUACAGAUCCAGUUUCAGAAAUAAGGGAAAUAGCAAACAAAAUAUCACAACAAUAUAUUGAGGUUGCUAUGGGCGAAGGACAAGAAAACAAAGCUAUAGAAGCACUUAAAAGAUAUUCAGAGUCUGGUUCUUGGUUGAUCUUAAAAAAUUUACACUUGGUUACUUAUUGGUUGCCAGUGUUAACUCAAACCCAAAAAAGUAUUGAACCACAUCAAAAGUUUAGAUUGUGGUUGGUGUCCGAACCUACUCCAAAUUUUAACUUCGUUUUGGCACAAAAUAGCUUAAAAGUGGUUUACGAAACAUCACAAGGAAUAAAAAAUAACAUUCUAAGAACUUUCGCUACGUUUGGAGAAAAGUAUAUUGACAAGUUAAAUGCCAAUUCUGCAAAAAUAUUUUUCGUGUUAGCCUGCGUGCAUGCGUUAUUUCAAGAAAGGAGAAAAUAUAUUCCGCAAGGUUGGUCAAAAUACUACGAUUUUAGUGAUACAGAUCUUUCUACUAGCGUAAAAUUAGUAGAAGAUCUCUGGAGUAAUCAAGGCCCACAAAUCCCAUGGCGGUUUAUAUCUGGAUUGACCUCUGAUGCCGUGUACGGAGGUAGAAUUGAAAAUAUAGAUGACUUAAAAAUUGUGCAUUCUUAUACUAAACAGUAUUUUAUUGAUGACGUAAUAAGCCACCGUUGGAAACCUUUUGGACUGAAUCUUACUGUGCCAAAUGUGCCACAAUACAAGGAAUACAUAAAAAUGAUUAAACAAUUUCCUUCAGCGGAUAAACCAUCCUUGUUUGGACUAGCGGAAAAUAUUAACAAAGCUUGGGAAAAACAAAUAUCACAUAGAAUAACAUCAGAACUAAAAAAUUUCUAUUUACGAAAAAGUGUUUCUACAAAAUUCCACCAAGAAACAUUCCAAAAAGGUUUACUACCUUUCCUUUCGCUUUGGAAAAAGUUAAAUCAGGGUCAAAAUUUUAUCAGAAUGACAACUGAAAUUAAACCAGUAACAAAUUCUAUCGUAGAGACAUUCCUGAAUGAAGAGUUCGAGAAUGCAAUAACGUUGCUUCAAACGAUUCACAAAUAUUUUACAUUACUAAAUAAGAUUUGUAAGGGAAUUUUGACAGCUGAUGAAAAAACGUUAGGUGUUGGUUAUUCAUUACUAAAUUUUGAGACACCAAAACCUUGGUUGGACUUAUGGAACGGCCCCAAAGAACCUACACAUUACUUGAGAAUAUGCAUGACUAAGAUAAUUGCCUUGUCAAAGUGGAAAGAAGAAAAUAUUAACCGACUAUUGAAUAAACCCAUAAACCUAUCUGGGUUGUUUCAUCCAGAAGCUUUUAUUGCAUCAUACAAACAGGAUUUUUCAAAGAACAAUGAUGUACCGUUGGAUGAACUUAAGUUAUGUACCAGUUGGAAGCCUAAAGAAAAUUGUUUAAUUUUAUCUGACUUGCUGGUUGAAGGAGGUAUUUUUGAAAAUGGUGUCAUCAGACAAUGUACAGCGAAUACAGAAAAUGUUACAACUAUUCCUAACUGCUAUUUAGGUUGGAUAAGAAAGGAAGAAAAUAGUAUCGAUGUACCGUUGUAUACAUCAGCAAGUAGGGAAAUGAAAAUUAUCUCUCUACAAAUACCAUGCGAAAAGAAUGAGAAAGACAAAUGGUUACUAUCUGGAGUAGCAUUCUAUUUAGAAUAA